AUGACAAGUGUAUCUGUUACUAGUAGAUCCACUGAUAGGGAAAUUCCAUUCACAGAAGAAUUCAUUAUUGAAUUAAUCAAAGAAAAUAAUUCCACCGUAUCGCCAAGUGAAUUGAUUUCCAAAAUUGCUGAAAGUCUUCAAAUAAAAUCAUCAAAACAUAAAUUCAUAGUUCAAUUUACAAAUAUUAAGAAGAAGAAUGAUUUCGAUGCUGAUUUAGAUCUUCUGUCGGAUUAUGCUGGUGUUUGGGAACAAUCUAAAGAUGGAUGUAUUACAUUAAAAGUAGAAGAAGAUAAGGAUAAUGAAUCAAUAAUACUACUUAUAUCUAUCUAUUGGAUAUCUGUAUAA